AUGGAUGAAAUUGAAAAAUUAGGUAGUUGCAAAAAUAGCAAUGAAUAUGUUAUUAAUAAUCCUGAUGACUGUAUUACGAUUAUUUAUACAAGUGGAAGUUUGGGAUUUCCAAAAGGAGCAAUGAUAUCUGAAAAUGUUUUUCGAGUUACGUUUUCACAACGGACUUUAUUUCGAAAUCAAGAAAAUAUCAAAUUUAGUUAUCGACCAUUAGCGUGGAUAACUGAUCGUAAAGCAACGAUUGCAACAUUUCUCGAAGGUGGAUCUACAGGAUUUUCAACAGGUGAUAUGAAUCGACUUAUGGAAGAACUUGCUUUAGUCUCACCGACAAGUUUCUCAGCACCGCCUACGUUUUGGAAUAAGAUCUAUUCGGAAUUUCAAAGAAGUCUUGCAUUAAUAGAUGAAAAAGAUAAAAAAACUCUGCUAGAAUCUUUCUCGAAAUUAAUUCCUCAACGAUGUCGAGUUAUUUCUAUUGGUGGUGCUAUGGUUAGUCCAUUAGUAUUAAAUUUUAUGAAACAAUGUUUUCGACAUUGUAAAAUAGUUGAAGCAUAUGGAACAACAGAAUGUGGACGAAUCACUUUCAAUUAUAAGUUUCUUAACACCAUUAUUGAUUAUCGUCUUGAAUCAGCCAAAGAUAUUGGUUAUACAAUUGAUGAUAAACCUUUUCCACGAGGAGAACUUGUCAUUAAAACUGCACAAAUGUUUUCUGGAUAUAUAAAUAAUAUUGAAGAAACAAAAUUGGCAUUGACCGACGAUGGAUAUUUUCGUACAGGUGAUAUUGUUGAAUUACGUUUGAAUGAUGGUGAGACACCUAGUAUACACGUAAUUGAUCGUAGAAAAAAUUUUUUCAAACUUGCCCAAGGACAAUUUGUGUCAGCUGAAUUUCUUGAAAACAUCUAUUUACAAAGUCUAUUCAUUGAACAAAUCUAUAUAUAUGGUGAUGGUCUAUAUAAUAGUGUCAAAGCAGUAAUCAUACCUAAUAAAGACUAUUAUGAAAAUUUUCUUAAAAAACAAAAUAUUAAAAAAAUGAAUUAUGAUAAUACAGAUAAAUUACUUUAUGAUACUAUUUUGAAUGAUUUACAUACCAUAGCUAUGAAGGAAUCACUUCAAAUAUAUGAAAUUCCAUCGAAAUUAAUUAUUGAUUUUGAACCAUUUACUAGUGAAAAUGGUCUUUUGACAUUGUCCAUGAAGCUUUGUCGACCGAAAUUAUUUGUACACUAUGCUCAUCGAUUAAAAGAGCACAAUUCUAUUCAUAAUCAAUUGAAAAUAAUUCUCGAAAAAGUAAUUGGACAAGAAUUAUUAUUAAAUGACAAUGAUCCAUUGUUUGUAACAACAGGUGUUGAUUCAUUAACUGGUCUACGUCUAUCUCAUAUGAUUGAUAAUGAUCUUGGUAUAUCUAUACCAUUAAACAUUCUAUAUGAACCUGAUAUAAGUUUACAGAAAUUAGUUAAUAUUGUUCAAAAUCCUUUACAAAUAUGUUCUUGGUCAGAAUCGAUUAAAUCAGAAUUAUUAAAUGAUUGUCAAUUAGAUUUGAAUAUAGAAGUUAAAACACAUAAAAAUAUAAAUGAUUUACCUUCAAGAAUAUUUAUUACGGGAACAACUGGAUUUAUUGGAGCUUUUCUACUUUUUGAAAUGUUAAAAUAUUAUCCAUCGACAUGUAAAUUUCUAUGUCUUGUUCGAUGUCAAACUUCUACGAAUCCAUUAGAUCGUAUUCGAGAUAAUAUGAUAUAUCUUCAAGUAUGGAAUGAUGAUUUUCGUGAACGAAUUAUUCCUUUACGAGGUGAUCUUACACAAUAUCAUUUUGGACUUGAUGAUGCAACAUAUGAAGAUUUUGCUAAUAAAACAGAUAUUAUUAUUCAUUGUGCUGCUAUCGUUAAUUUUGUAUUACCAUAUAGAAUACUUCAUGAUACAAAUGUUAAUGGUACUAAAGAAAUUAUUCGUUUUGCUUCUCAUCCUUCGGCAUAUAUACCAAUAAUAUAUAUGUCGACAAUGAGUGUAUUAUCGAAUGGAAUAAAUGAUGAAAUAUCUAUUGAUAAUAUUCGUACAGAUCAUUUAAGUAAUGGCUACACACAAAGUAAAUGGGUUUCAGAGAUACUCAUGACAAAAGCUAGUCGUAUUGGUAUACCAGUUAUUAUCUAUCGUUUAGGAUCUAUUGGUGCUAGUACUGAAACAGGUGCUUGUAAUAAACAUGAUUUAAAUACAUUAUUCCUUAGUACAAUUAUGAUGAGUGGUUAUUAUCCAUCAACAAUCGUAAAAAAGAAGUUUAAUCAAUUACCUGUUAAUUUAGCUGCUCAUACGAUUAUUAUUCCUAAUCAAAAUCAAUCUUAUACUUAUGGAAAGAUUUAUCAUAUUGUUAAUCAAAAUGAAACAAUCUCAUUUGAAAAUAUUGUCGAAUGUAUUUGUAAGUGUGGUAUUAAAAUUGAACCUAUAUGUGAUGAUGAAUGGAAACAUAAGCUAAUAUUACAAUCAAAGGAAAAUAAUUUUAUUAAAUCGAUCGGAGAAUUCUUCAUAUAUAAUUUAUUUAAACAAACAAGUUCGACUGUUCAACAAAAUAAAUCAAAUGAAAAUUCUCAAUUGAAUUUUCUAUCUAUUGAUAAUAACUAUAUUAUGAAAUGGUUAACAUUCAUUUUACAGCAUAUUGAAAACUUUGGAUUCGAAAAGAAAAUUAUUCAACAAAAAAAUGCGUAA